AUGACACGACUUCGUACAUUUACUUUUUAUGUUAGUACUGAAAAUUAUGUCCAUGAUUCAACUCUUCGCCUGUCUAAUAAUGAUAUCCAAGAAACUUUUAAAAAUAUGGAAAAUCAACAAGUCAAUUGUAUUGUAGACUUUGUUGACGAUGUCUAUGUCUUAUGCAAGGUCUUCUCACUUCCAUUUAGAUUAGAUCAUUUCGAAUGGAUUACGAAUACUUUUUCGACAAUGAUAUUCAAUUCUGUAACUUAUUUGAUGUUGUUUGAUAGAGUUUCAUUCAAACAUGAAUUCUUCGUUCGGGUUGCUCGAGCUUUUCCAUUACUUAAAUAUUUAUCUGUUCACAAUGGCAAAGCACCAUUUUGGAGAUUCCCGAAGCCUCAUCCUGUCGACAACUAUUCACCAAUUGCAGAAUAUCUUCAUCUUAUUUCACUACACUUUGGUUUUGUCAGUAAUUGUUAUGUUGAUCAAUUUCUCAAUGAAACAAAAACAAAUUUACCUCGUCUAAUCGAAUUAAAAAUCAAUUAUAGACAAUUAAAAAGUGCGACAGAGAAUUUUACAAGAAAUGAAACGCGACGCAAUUAUGCUAUGGUGAAACGAUUAAUUGUCGCAAAUUCAAUAGUUUUUUCAGAAGAUGUUUAUCGCUAUUUUCCUUCAUCGUAA